GAAAAAUACACUACUACUACCAAGAACAACAACAAAACCAACAACCAUGAAGAUUUUUGUUAAUAUUUUUAUCAUCGCUACGUGCUUCCUUGUAUUUUCUUAUGCAUUUCCUGCAUUCGACUCGUCCGAGGAAAGCGAUGAGAAAAAAAAUGUCGAUACCCUUCUCGUACUUCCUGGAUCCGACAUGGAAAUGUUCGAUAGGCCACGCAUUCCAAAUUUAAACCCCGAUUUUAAUGAUUCCGAUGACUCAUGGCCCUUAUUUAGGCCAGGUUCCUUUGGUUAUCUAAGUGAUUCUCUUCAACAAAUAAUGAACCGACUUAGAGAGCAAAUGGCCAGUAUUGCAUCCCGUUUCUCAUUAAAUCCUGGAUUUUCAACACCUUGGAGUAAAAUUCCUUUGGGAGGAAACACCACUUCUACUACCAAGAUUAUCAAUGGACACGUAUUGACGAUCAACGAAACGGUUUACAAGGACAACAGCGAUACGGAUGCAAUUGUUUUCCGCGUACGUGUCAUUGACGUUAAACCUCAAAAUGAUACGACAAUUAUAACCGAAAACGAAGAUGGCGCGGUAAUUCCAACGGUAACGAGUACUCCAACAGAAAAUGAUGGCAGCCAAGAGGUUACAACGCCACAACGAAGCGUUGAAACCGUAGAAGAAUUCGAUAAUGAGAUACCCAAUCGAGGAGACGUCUUAAAAGCUUAACAAACUAAAAUAUCAAGAAGCAAAAAAUAAGCAUUUUUAAUUAAAUCAAAAAAUAAAAUAA